GAGGAGAACUUCUGCAGUCCGCUGGUCGGGCUGUGCAAGAUAAUCAUAUUCGACUUGAACGAGAGCGAGCGAGCGUCUGUGCGUGCGUGUCUUAGUGUGUGCGUGCGUGUACCCUUCGUCCUGAACAUUUGAUUUGCAGAAUGGGUCCCAGCGGGCUGGCCUUCCUUCUGCUCGGGCUGAUCUGCUCGUCAUAUCUAGCAGCGUCCGAAACGAACGGUGAAUCUCUCAUAUACUCAAAUUCAAGAAAUGGCACAUCUAAUCCAAAUACAACAACGCCUAAUGGAACCAUAGCGCCUACCGGUCCAUCUAACGAAACAUUGCCGCCUCCCGUUUCAUCUAACGGAACUAUAGCACCUACCGGUCCAUCUAACGGAACAUUGCCACCUCCCGUUUCAUCUAACGGAACAUUGCCGCCUCCCGUUCUAUCUAACGGAACAUUGCCACCUCCCGUUCCAUCUAACGGAACAUUGCCACCUCCCGUUCCAUCUAACGGAACAAUAGCACCUACCGUGCCAUCUAACGGAACCAUAGCGCCUACCGUUCCAUCUAACGGAACAUUGCCACCUACUGUUCCAUCUAACGGAACAUUGCCACCUACCGUGCCAUCUAAUGGAACUAUAGCGCCUACCGUUCCAUCUAACGGAACAUUGCCACCUACUGUUCCAUCUAACGGAACAGCGCCACCUACUGUUCCAUCUAACGGAACAGCGCCACCUACCGUUCCAUCUAACGGAACAGCGCCACCUACCGUUCCAUCUAACGGAACAGCGCCACCUACCGUUCCAUCUAACGGAACAGCGCCACCUACCGUUCCAUCUAACGGAACAUCGCCACCUACCGUUCCAUCUAACGGAACAGCGCCACCUACCGUUCCAUCUAACGGAACAGCGCCACCUACUGUUCCAUCUAACGGAACCGCGCCACCUACCGUUCCAUCUAACGGAACAGCGCCACCUACCGUUCCAUCUAACGGAACAGCGCCACCUACCGUUCCAUCUAACGGAACAGCGCCACCUACCGUUCCAUCUAACGGAACAUCGCCACCUACCGUUCCAUCUAACGGAACCAUAGCUCCUACCGUUCCAUCUAACGGAACAUCGCCACCUACCGUUCCAUCUAACGGAACCAUAGCUCCUACCGUUCCAUCUAACGGAACAACAACGCCUACUGUCCCAUCUAACGGAACAACAACGCCUACUGUCCCAUCUAACGGAACAACACCGACUACAAAACCAACCACAAGUACAGCCCCUCCAACUGUGACUGAUGUCGACGAAUGCGCCCUGCCAACGACUUGUCCAGCCCUGGCAAAGUGCAUCAACACCGUGGGCUCGUACCGCUGCGAGUGUCCAAUCGGCUACUUCUUGAAAGAAGAUGAAAACAGCUGCAAUCUGGCAAAGACUUUUCCGUCUCUCCUGCACUUGGCGAAUAAAAUUUUACACCUGACAUGGAAGACAAAAGCUCAGAAGCCUUUAAAGAGGUUUCCCUUCGUAUUUUGAAUCUGAUUACAAAUGCGUUGAACAACGAUACAGGCUACCUUGGCUCUGAAGUCAUUAGGCUGAGACCGGGAAGCGUGUUUGCGGACGUCUCGAACAUGUACGACACAGCCUCUGCAAUUACGAAAGUCGACGUUGAUGCUGCUGUGAAAAUUGCUGUUGAAAGCUGCAAUCAAGCUUCAGGAGGAUGUCAAGGCUUGACUUCUCAAAACAUCAAUCUGUGCGACGUCAACCCGUGCUUCGACAACAUUUCCACGUGCACGGAAGAGGUGGAGGGCUUCCCGACGUGCACCUGCCUGCCCGGAUACGUGAAGGCGGAGUUCGGGGACAUCUGCACGGUUUGUCCCAUCGGCUCCAGGGGGAAUGAUGAAGGAGUAUGCGUCAAAUGCGACGGCUACGCCACUGGAAUCAACUGCUUGGACUGCCCAGACGGCUACACAAAUGAGAAUGGAGUGUGCAAAGAAUGUUCCUUUGGAUACAGUGGGAAGCAAUGCAAAGAACCCUUCCUGCUCGUGGUGGUGGUGGUCUCGGUCAUCGGAGGAGCUGCCCUCAUUGCGCUCAUCACCGCAGUCAUCGUGCUGAGCUUACGGAAACAUUCCACGAAAGGGGAUGUCUUUACAAACUCUUCGAAUUUCCGCAUGUCGUAUCGCGCGCACUCCAAGUCGCUCCGUUCGCAAGUCGGCGACGCGAAAGCACUGGCCAAGGGAGGUAAUCCGUACGAGGAUAUUGAACCGGUAACCUUCACCAACCCCGCGUACAAGAAUGACAAGUCCUCCUCCUCGGAUGUUUACUACUAGACACCCCCCAUUAAUCGCAUGCCAAGUCAGGGAACCGAACAUCGAUUCACUCUGACUAAUCCAACCCGGUAACAUGUACGACACUGCAUAGUCUCUGAUUAACAUAUUCAUUAAUCGCAUGCCAAGUCAGGCUAUCGUAUGCCUAGUCAGGGAACCAAACAUUGAUUCACUGUGACUAAUCCAACCCGGUAACAUGUACGACACUGCAUAGUCUCUGAUUAACAUAUUCAUUAAUCGCAUGCCAAGUCAGGCUAUCGUAUGCCUAGUCAGGGAACCAAACAUUGAUUCACUGUGACUAAUCCAACCCGGGAACAUGUACGGCACUGCAUAGUCUCUGAUUAACAUAUUCCAUGUGUAUGUUCAUUAACUCUGACCAAUCCAUUCUAGAUUUGAAGCUUUCGUGACUGCAAGGAUUCAUAUUCUUAGGUUUUUUCGGUAAAGUCACGUAGGUAAAAAAAUAAAAAUUAAUAAAAGUAAAAUAAAAAUAAAAUAAAAAAGCUUCCGUCUUCAGGUGGAACCGUCACAGCACGAUAGCUGUAUCAAUUGUUUAUUAUUAAUUGUUUUACCUACGUGACUUUACCGAAAAAACCUAAGAAUCUGACUCAUCCAACCGGAGUAACAUAACCCAUUGUGAUGUAUGCGACUACAUCGCCCCGCCCCCUUCUCUGAUCUUCGCACCUGAUUGGCUUACGAGUGAUGACGUCACCUUCACUCUAUUUAAGACGGGAAACAGGAGGACAUCUUCACAAUUCUGGCAAAGUCGCCUGAUGAAGCUGGUUGCAAUCGCCAGCGAAACGUCACGAGGACUCACAUUGUAAAUGUCGUGGGUUCCUCUCUCACCAACACACAAACACCAGCAGCACAAUCGGGAUACAACGCAAGGAAUGGGCAUGUUUUAUUUACGUGGCAACCCCUUGAUAAUUGGCUGUGUCGGGUGGUGAUGGAGCUUAACAAUUCUGUUUACGCGAUCUAAGCCAAAGUAACUGUUCCGAUUUAAAGCUUUCGUGACUGCAGGGAUUCAUCUUCUUGGUUCUUUCGGUAAAGUCAUGUAGAAGGGAAGUAAUAAAAUACUGUAAUAAAAAUAAAACAUGAUAAAAUAAUAUAAUAAAAUAAUAAAACAAUAUAAUAUAGUAUUAUAUUAUUUUAUGUUUUAUUUUUUAUUAUUUUAUUACUUCCCUUCUACGUGACUUUACCGAAAGAACCAAGAAGAAAAAGUAACCGAAGACAUUGAACGUCACCUCCUCGAAAAUGCUGCCACGAUAAGAUGUCACAUUGCAUGUGUGUGUGUACGUUGGGACUUCUUUCACACCGUGCAUAGUCAAGCAUGCUAAACGGUGGUACGGGGGGCACAAUAAAGUGAUGAUUACCACGAUAUGAGUUUCCAUUACUUUUGUCAUGGUGUUUUAAAUGUUCAUAUUAUUUUAAUAGUGAUAAUAAGACUUUUUUAUCCUUUAUAUUAAGUUCGCUUGCUUGCUUACGACCGUGCAAAUCUUUCGGUCGUUUUUUAACACACUUCCCGUGAUCCAAUCGAGCUGACAUUUUGCACACAGACUCGUUGUGCGUGACAAUGCAUUUUCGUGAAAACAUAUUUCCAAAAUUUUACACUGUGUAGGGAAAAAAAUUAAAAUAUUUAAUUACCAAUUGUUUAAUGCUGCCAGACAAUCAUCUGACCCAUAGGUGGCAGCCAUCUCAAGCCAGAGGACGAGAGGACUCUAGCCGCCCCAAUGCCACGCAAAUAAAGGAUUUAUAGUGAAAAACUUUGUUUUUACGGGUUUACUUGUUUUUAUAGUCAAGUUAUUCUUGCAAACCGCAGUCUCACUGAUCGCUGGAGGUGUGUACAGAUUGAGGUAUCUUCAGCCAAUAUUUUGAGUCGGUUUGACACGCGGCAGUCUUUCGCGACCAAUAUUAUUCCGAAUAAAGGUUUUUGGGCGACAUCGCGUAAGUCUAAAUGUGUCGCAACCCUCCACCUGCCCGACACAGCCAGCAAGGUUUGUCACGUGAACAACGCUUGCCAAUGAGUGACUACUUCAGCCCACCGGUGUGUCGGAGAGUAAAUCCACAACAUUUACAAUUUGGCAGAAUAUCCUGGCAAAUCGCCCGAUGAUGCCGGAUGUAAUUACCAGCGAAACGUCGUCCUCAAAAACCCGUACUAUGAAUAUUUCUUUAUUAGCAUGGCAGCAAAACCAGUGCACCUGGUGAAAACUCACGCGGAUGCGAUUUGGCACCAACAUUCCAUCCCGCGAAAGAUGGGACAGAUUUGAGAUUAAAUUUCGAUUUAAAGCUUUCGUGACUGCAGGGAUUCAUCUUCUUGGUUCUUUCGGUAAAGUCACGUAGAAUGGAAAUAAUAAAAUAAUAAAAAUAAAACAUAAUAAAAUUAUUCUCACGACGUUUCGGCCACAACGCAAGCAGCCGUCCUCAGGUGGAGAACAGGUCUGUCUUAGGCCUGCAGUGACAACUUCAGUGGUUCACGUCUUGGUCUUGUGCUGCGCGACUCAAUUGAGAAUGAGAUUGUGCGGAAAACGCAAUUUGAAGAUGUUAUUUUCUAAUUAUUGCAAUGAAAAAAAUCUCGAAAAGGUCAUCUCCGGUGUUAAUUUCUCUCACCUUAUGAAAUGAAAAAAGAUUGACAUUG